CCGCGCAUCCUAUUAAUUAAAUACACACCUAUUCAAUUAAGUCACUCACAUAACAUGUAGUUGCAAAGAAUAGAAGUAUUAGUCAUUGCGAAUAUCAUGAGCUUCCUUGACAAUCAAAAUAUGCUAUCCUUAGAAACUGCGGAUAGGUUGGCGCGUAUGUCACAUGAAACUGGCGAUGGCAAGGCAUUGGUGCAUCAACUUCAAGUUAAUUAUAUUCACCAGCUUAUACAGGCACGCUUAGUCGAAAAUCCAAAGGCACUAAGCGAGGUAUAUAACUGUUUCCAUCACUUUUGUCAGUCUCUGCAGCUUAAAGUACUUUACACACAAACGCUACGUCUCAGCUAUGAACGUUUGGAUGAGAAUAUUAACAUUGAAGAAUAUGUACCAGGUGUGAAAACAAUUACGCAAACCGCACUUGCUUCAACGCCGAUAAAAGCUAAUUACAGAAAAUUAUAAUAUAAUUAUGAAACCUAUAAUUCGCUGAGUUCGAAAAAUGGAAAAUAUAUAUAAAGAAACGUGAGGGUAUUCAUAUUUUUGAUGCUGGCUGUUUGUAUAUAUAGUGGCGAAAUUCCAAAUGACGCUUUUGGCAACUUACUUAUUUUUUGUUAAUAAUUUUCAUAUAUUUCUGCGUUAUACGGAAGAAAAUGAGCAUCACCCUCCACAAGAAAAAUUCUCAAAAAUCAACGGUAAUUUUUUGCGAUUUGAAACUUGCACUUUAUUAUACUAAAAUUGAA